CUUGGGCCCAAGACUGCAACUUAACUUCAUUUCAGACACAUCAAGAUAAAUACCAGAGCACUUGCGCAUCUAACUGGUCUAUACGAGAGAAAGCACAGGUAUGACGGAUCGGCGUACAUCUCGUAGUCGGAGUUCCCGACGGGAUAGAGAUAGUGGUAGAGAUAGAGAUAAAUAUAGAGAAAAUGAUAGAGACAAAAGCAGGGAUCGAAGUCAUAGGGAACAUGAGAGAAGCCGGGAUACAGAAAGGUAUAGAGGCGAUAUAAGGAAUAAACACUCACACACGCGCGAUAAAGAUGAUGGGAAAGAUGCCAGGUAUGAUAGAGACUCGGGGAAAAGCUCGAGGGAUAGAGAUACAGACAAGUAUCAUGACGAAGCUAACAAAGACAAGAGUUCCGAAAGAAGGGGUCAUGACAGUAGACGAGAUAGAACAAAUGAUAAUAGACGUACCGGGUAUACUGAUCGGGAUAGGGAAAGGGGUCGCGAUAGAGAAAACCAGGGCAAAGAGAGAGAUGUUGUCAGAAAUAAAAAUACCAGUGGAUCAAGAAACGACAGCAACGACAGAGAUAGAGAAGUGGAUAGUGCAAACAAUAUCAAGGAACAAGAAAACAGACAUAGUUAUGGAGGUAGUAGAGAUAUGAAAAGCAAAGUCGAAAGGACGAGAGAGCGAGAUCGGCAGGAAGAGGAGCAGGCUAGGACGAUGCAGUAUGGCAAGUAUGUAUGCAGCAUGUGUGUAUGUUGACAUCCAAGUAUAAGAGCGCAUAUUAACACACACAUACACGUCCACACACAAAUACACGGACGCAAACACACACACACAUACACACGCACACACACACACACAAACACACAUAUAUAUAUAUGUAUACAUAUAUAUAUAUACAUAUAUAAAU